UUUUGUCGUCAGUUGCAUUUUGAACGCUUACGUAUACGGUUGCUUUCUGUUCCAAUUACUACUCUCAAGCGGUUGGUGAAAAUACACACGGAUAUCGACGACGAUUGUUUUGUGACGAUUUUGCGCUGUAGUUGUUAACAUUAUACGACCAUUUGUUGUUGGUGUAAUUAUCAGCAUUUGCUUCAUUUAUUUCGCGUUUUUUUUUUUUGGUUUCUGAGUCGAUCAUACACCGUUAAAGUUUUGUUUUGGAAUAAUUGUGUAACCCCAGAAAUCUGCCUGGCGGCAAUGGUGAUGGUGACCAAGUGAAAAGCAAGUUAGGGAAGAAUCAAAAUUACAAAAAAGUACGUCUUCUUCCUUAGAGAUAGUGAGCAUCAAUAAUUUUAAUUGUAAUAAGUGUGUGUUUAAGACCGAUUGUGUUGUUCAACGGUAUUAUCGGUUAAAAAUUUGAGUUCAAUCCAUAAUGGCAUGAAUCAUAUGAUCAAACCAUGGCUGCAUGAAUGAUUAACCAAACGGGAAACACCAAAAACGACUACAAUGAUAAGAAACCAACCCCUCAAGGAUUAGUAACUCAGUUUUCAGAGAGUUUUAUUGAAUCCACUUCUACUAUUUCUCCUCGCUAUCAGUCCCCCCAGUUAGCCUGAGUGAAUCAUUUUGUUUAUAAACAUUGGGCUGGCAGGAAAAAUUCAUCAUACCUUGAUAGACUUUGCUCGACAAGACCGCCACAACGAACGUCAACGACUUCGACUGUGAAGUUAUCUGUCUGCCUCUAUUGCUGAUUAGUGUGGUUUUUUCGCUUUUCUGCGGUAUUUGAACAGUUUUUGCCGAAUUUGUCGUCGGACGCCUUGUGAAUUGGAUUUUUUGUAUAUAUAAGUUAUCCUAUAUAUAGUAUAUAUUGGAUAUAGAACAUUAGCUUUUGUUGUUAAUAUAUCAAUCUGUGGAUUUGUUUUUAUUGAAACAAAUUAAAAAUGGCCCUUGUAAUAGCACAUGACAUUUACGACUGGUACAGGGAUCUCAUGGACAAUAAAAGUGAUCCCCGCGUCAAUGGAUGGUUCAUGAUGUCCUCGCCUGCGCCCACAUUUUUCCUGUGUGUCUUCUACGCUUAUUUUAGUAAAUCAUUAGGACCAAAGUUAAUGGCCAAACGCAAGGCCAUGGAUUUAAGAAAUGUUUUAAUUUGGUACAACCUCUUCCAGACGGCAUUUAGUGCGUGGAUAUUCUACGAGUAUUUAAUGAGUGGCUGGUGGGGUGAUUACAAUUUGAAAUGUCAACCUGUUGACUAUAGUACUAGUCCAAAGGCCUUAAGAAUGGCAAACAUUUGCUGGUGGUACUACAUUUCAAAGUUCACCGAAUUCUUUGAUACACUGUUCUUUAUAUUGCGCAAGAAGACCCAACACGUAUCAACGUUACAUGUCAUACAUCACGGCUGUAUGCCCUUCUCGGUGUGGUUGGGCUUGAAGUUUGCACCAGGUGGCCACAGUACCUUCUUUGCCCUGUUGAACUCAUUUGUACAUAUAAUUAUGUAUUUCUAUUACAUGAUUGCCGCCAUGGGCCCCCAAUAUCAAAAAUACAUUUGGUGGAAGAAAUAUUUGACAACUAUCCAAAUGGUCCAAUUCGUGGCUAUCUUCAUACAUCAGUUCCAGCUGUUGUUCCGCGAAUGCGAUUAUCCCAAAGGAUUCAUGGUUUGGAUCGGUUUGCAUGGCGUUAUGUUCCUAUUUUUGUUCUCAGACUUCUACAAAACCAAAUACACAAGGGCUGGCCAAAAGGUUAAAGCGUCGAAUGGCCACAUCAAAACCGAGGCCAAAGAACACCUUUCGAAUGGUAAACCUGCGGCAAAUGGCACUGCCAUCUAUGCCAAUGGAAACAGCAAUAAGGGAGCUUGUAUGCCCAUUUUGGAGGAUGAAACUGAAAACACUUUCACGAAUGGCCAUUUGAAAAAUGGCAUCUACUCCAAUGGCUUUGCCAAUGGUGGUAACCAUAUACUCAAGGAAGGCGUCAUCUCAUCCAAUGAAGCUAUUCUUAAUCCAGAUACCAGUAGCUCUAGUCUGCAUCAGAGAAAAGUCAAAUAAGCUAAACCAACAAAACACUCGAUUUAAGCCUAUUAAAAUAUUUAAAUUAAUUUUAUAUAGUUUUUAGCAACAAAUUCUAAACAUACGAGUAAAUACAUACAAAAAAAAAAUAAACCUACAGCAACAAAAACAAA